CGGUCCAAAACUCUCAAAACUUCUAGCGAAAUCCCACACUCCACUCCACCUCACCCUCACCUAAUACAAACCACAGAGCCCAGAUUCCAUGCUCUGCUUCUCCAACCUCAUAUAGUGCACCCUUCCCUUCCCUUCUCAAUGUUUCGCAGAUUCCUCACCACCUCUCUCUCCUCCCGCACCAACCCCCCUCCUCUCCUCUUCCUCUUCUCCCCCAAAUUCCCCAAAACCCCCAAUUCCCUCUCCCCCAAUCCAAACCCUAACCCCCCAUUCCCCCGAUUCCUCUCCCAAAUGUCCGACGCCCGCCGCCCCACCUCCGCCUCCAUCCCCGCCCUCGACAAAGCCGACCGCUCCGACCUCCUCCGCGCCCUCGAGUCCUCCCUCGGCUCCGCCUUCACCUCCGAGCCCCUCUGCCCCGCCCCUUCCCCCCUCAUCAUCGUCAUCAGCGGCCCCAGCGGCGUCGGCAAAGACGCCGUGAUAAAAAAGCUCCGGGAUGUCAACCCUAACCUCCAUUUCGUCGUCACGGCGACCAGCCGGCCCAUCCGGCCCGGCGAGGUCCACGGUAAAGACUAUUACUUUGUGAGCAAGGAAGAGUUUUUGAGUAUGGUGCAUAAAGAUGAGCUUCUGGAAUAUGCAUUGGUGUAUGGGGACUAUAAGGGGAUUCCGAAACAGCAGAUUAGGGAUUACAUGGGGAAAGGGCAUGACAUUGUGUUGAGAGUUGAUAUUCAGGGGGCUCAGACUUUGAGGAGGAUUUUGGGGGAUUCUGCUGUGUUUAUAUUCUUGAUGGCUGAGAGUGAGGCUAAGCUGGUGGAGAGGUUGGUGGAUAGGAAGACCGAGACGAAGGAGUCUUUGCUUGUGAGGAUUGCGACGGCGAGGGAGGAGGUGAAGCAUGUCAAGAGUUUUGAUUAUGUGGUGGUGAAUGCCGAGGGGAGGCUGGACAAUGCGGUGCAGUUAGUGCAGUCGAUUAUUUGCGCCGAGAAGGCCAAGGUUCACCAGAGGAGAAGUGUGAUUUAGCUGCGGAGGUAAUUGUGGAUUUUGCUAGUUGGCAAGAGGUGGAAAUUGUAAUCCAGCUGCAUAUGUAUCUCGUCGAGUGAUUGAAGUGUGUUGGGGCAAGCAACACACCGGUGGUGAUGGAAGCAUGAUCAACAGCCGCCUGCUUCAAAGUUUUGUCUGCAAGUUCUGCACUCAAGAUAUAAAGUAGAGUAGCUACUUUAUAUCAAAGAGGAGAACUAUUCUUUGGUCUAUCUAGGUCUGUUCAAAAUUUUUGUAUUCAAUGAGCUUUUGAAUGGAGAUACAUUUGUUUAUAGUUGCAAUUUGUUAAAUUUAUGUUAAGAUACUGUUAUAUAGAAAUGGUCCUUCUGAAAGGACGAUUCAUUGUUA